AUGGUUGGUCAUACCAUUGCAGAGAUAUUUGGCCACAUUCUUUUUAGCUUCACACGGAGUGUCGCUGAACACUCAAACUUUCCCAAAAGCGAGAACCAUUCAUCUCUCUUUGGCUACAAUGCUUUAGAAGACACGGGCAAGGAAUGGUACGCUCAAUCUGUCGAUGAAGUUAUCUACCAAGAAUACGGCAACAGCGAAGCAAGUGCUAGUGAUUAUUGGACGUCAAACCGUCCAGAAGUUAGAAUCAUAAAUGCAAGCUCAACGGAUGACAGCGAACAAACACAGGAAGAAAUAAGUGAAAGUGCGAUGGCGUGGAAGCAUCUUAGACCAUCGAUUUUUCAUACAGUUUUGAAUUCAAUGUACUUUGGUUUAUUCAUCUCCGUCUUGAGUGCGUCUGUUGCUGGACUGGCUUCGAUUGCUGCCUUUUACUUUAGCUUUCAAACGCAGCUCAUCUGUUUAACUCGUCCCAAAGAAUCGAUUCCAAUCAAGCUACAGUGGGUUAUAACCAUUUCAGAAGUAUUUUCCGUCUGUUUUAUGUACUUUUCAUGCUUUCUCAGUAUUAUAUGUUAUUUUCGGCCAUUCCAAAUAUCAGGAUUAAAAUCAACUCUGUUCUUUUUGUGUUUUGGUUUUUACAUUCUGGACUCAGGUUAUCGAAUAACCAUGCAAGCUUUAGGACUUUCGCAGUCUAGGUUGACAUUUACACAGAAAAUUCCUGCAAUGGCUACAUACCACAUAAAUAUAUGUGUACUGUUUUACGUUUUGACAAGACACUUAAAUCCAGGGCCUAUAAAAAGGCAGAUAAAGACGUUGCUACUUUUAAUUGUUGCGUGUGUCGCCACACAGCUAUCUGCUGUACUUGUAGCCUAUUUAAUAUAUCCAGCAUACAACAAACAGGAAAAAACUGGUAAACUGAUUAUAGCGAUAUUUUCUCCUCUGAUUGUAGUUUUACUCAAAGGUGCUUCUCGUGUAUGUGUUCAGCGUUCAUGGAACCGUAUCAGUUAUCCAUCCACUUCAUUUGUGCUGCUGGGUACACUUUAUUGUGGAUCGGCUACAAUGGUGAGAUUAUUACAAGUGGAUCUUCAGAGUCUAGAGUCCGUUGCCUUCAUUGGAGUCAUUCAUGGGAUAGCAGAAGUUAUUGAGCGAAGCACGAUGGUUAUCAUAGAUCAUUAUUCUAAUCAAAUUCUGGAAAAGAGAAAAAUUCCCCUUGGAGGUUUUCGUACGCCUCGUCGAGAGAGGCUUGCAGCCGAUAUCUGUAUUAUGGGCAUGUUGUAUGAAUCCAGUGCAAUAAUCUCAGUGAACGGCCUUCUGUACUUAUACCAAUAUUCUUACACCACUGAUAGCUCACCGUUACUACUAUUUCAGUUAUUUGUACUUACCACUUCCGUUCCACUAUCCAUCGAAUGGUUUUUCACGAGUGUUUCUAUAGCUAUUGAAACUCGCUAUCAGAAUAUGCCAAUCAUGGCUGUUUGGCGAAGACGAUGGAAAAGACACGUGUUAGUGGCGGUUAUAAAUAUUGUGAUGAUCUCCAUUUGGGCAAGUACGAGUCUGUUAAUAGCCAUAAGAGGACGCUUUGUUAACGAAACUAAAGACCACUGCAAAAUGCCAUUCAAUUUAGACCCGUAA